AUGCCAGCACCUAUCCUUAUCAUUGGUGGUGGUCUCGGCGGCCUCAGCCUUGCUCAAAGCCUGAAGAAGAACAACAUACCAUUCAAAGUCUUCGAAAGGGAUACUGCCGCAAGUUAUCGUGCUCAAGGAUACCGAAUUCGUUUCACGCAUGAUGGCAUCGACAAUCUUCAAAAAAUGUUGCCCAACGAGCUAUUCGACGCUUUGGCCCAGGUAUGCCCUGACGUAACGCAUGGCGGGAAAAGAAUCGAUGCAGUUACAGGCGAGAAGCAAGAUGGCAUCAGGGGACCUGAUCGGAGCGGCCAGAAAGCAUGGAACGCGGACCGUACGGUUACGCGGAAAAUCCUUUUGACAGGGUUGGAGGAUCACGUCCAGUUUGGCAAGAAAUUCGAACGAUAUGACUUCUCAGACAAUGGCAUUACCGCUCACUUUGCGGACGGCACGUCUGUACUUGGAAAGAUGCUGGUGGGCGCAGAUGGGGUUAGGUCCAAUGUUCGCAAGCAAUUGGUGCCCGACCAGGUCAUGCUUGACACGGAAGUGAGAGCAGUGUUCGGCAAAACACCUAUCGGGGACGGAACAGUGGUGCCUGGGGGAAUCGACAAAGGCAUCACCGUCAUCAGCAGCGAGGCGCCUCCCCAUUCAAAAGUGAAGCUUUUCUGCGAUGGCAUGAGGUUCGAUCGCAGCGCGAGGCUCGCAGUGGACGUGGACUUGCCCGAAGACUACAUAUUCUGGGUCCUUUUAUUCCAACGCAGCUCUGUCGACGUUUCAGGUCGAGAGUUGCUGUCCUUCAGUGGCAAGAAGUCAUUGCAGCUUGCUCAAGAGCUUACCAAGACCUGGCACGAGAGCAAUCGCGCUGUCAUCACCCGCUCGGACGCGUCUGCUGCGGCGACGUUGGCCUUCGAAAUGGCUCAUCCAGAUUUGCAGGACUGGACAACCGAUCGCAGAGUCACACUGUUGGGCGACGCGGCGCAUCCGAUGCCUCCUGUUGGUGCCCUGGGCGCGAAUUCAGCAUUUGAAGAUGCGGCACAAUUAGCAGGGCUCCUCGCAGGCCAGUUGGACGAAGAGAAACUCGGCGUUUUUGAGACAGAUGUCAGAACCCGUGCCAGAGGUGCAUUGGAACAAGUCGCCGGGCCUGGGCGGGUCCUUCUUGGAAUGAAGCCAUUUGAGGAGUUGAAGCCGUCGACCUUGUGGACCUGA